CUCCGGCCCAGCCUCCGGUGACGCGGUCCACCUAUCGAGCGGCGCAUGCGCACAGGCUCAGUUUCACCACAGCACCACCGGGAGCAGCAGCCGGGGAAACUGGAGCUUGUCGCGUUUGUUUCACCCAAGAUAAACUUUUCCCCACGAUGUCGGGUUUUGACAGCAACCCCUUCGCCGACCCAGUGGACGUAAAUCCGUUUCAGGAUGCCUCAAUCGCACAAGCCACCGCUGGGGUCGCGGAAAACGUGGGGGAGUUCAACCCGUUCUCUGUAAGCGAAAUGGGAAACAGCUCUGGCAAGACCAUCCCCAUUUCUGCUGCCUCCUCUCAACCCGCCAUCCUGCAGACCUCCGUGGAGCAGAGCCCACAGGCAGCCGCAGCUGCUGGCCAGGCCAACCUGAUCAAACAGCAGGAGGAGCUGGAGAGGAAAGCAGCUGAGCUGGAGCGCAAGGAGCAGGAGUUACAGAACCGGACCGCCGGCACAGGGUCCAGCACUGGUGCUAAAGAGAACAACUGGCCUCCUCUCCCCAAGUUCCUGCCUGUGAAGCCCUGCUUCUAUCAGGACUUUGAGGAGGAAAUCCCAGAGGACUACCGCAGGAUCUGCAAGAGAAUGUAUUACCUCUGGAUGUUCCACAGUGCCACUCUCUUCCUCAACGUGCUGGCCUGCCUGGCUUACUUCACGGCAGACACUCAGAACGGCGUUGACUUUGGUUUGUCUAUCCUCUGGUUUGUCCUCUUUACCCCUGUGUCCUUCAUCUGUUGGUACAGGCCCGUCUACAAGGCCUUCAGGUCCGACAGCUCCUUCAGCUUCUUCUUCUUCUUUUUCGUCUUUUUCUUCCAAGUGGCGGUGUACAUCAUCCAGACUGUAGGGAUCCCCAAGUGGGGAAACAGUGGGUGGAUCGCAUCCAUCAGCAUGAUCGGGUCACACUUGCCUGUGGCUGUGGUUAUGAUGGUGGUGGCCGGAUUUUUCACUGUUAACGCCGUCCUGGCUAUCAUCCUACUGAAGAUGGUCCACUCUAAGUACAGGAGGACAGGUGCCAGUUUCACCAAGGCCCAGCAGGAGUUCUCCCAAGGAGUCCUGACCAACCGAAAUGUGCAGACCGUCGCAGCAAGUGCUGCUACCUCCGCAGCCCAGGGGGCCUUCGGCAGGAGUUAGGGAAAUCCAUCAGUUUCCCCUCAUUGUUAGUGCAGGCUCAGGCUUGUCCCUUCUCUGACCAGCAUAACAGACUAGUCAAGUCCCAGUAAACUUCAGCAGGUUUAAGGGAUGGGGGUUUGAUUCUUUGAUGAAAACAAGUAACUUAGAACGAGAGACGUUCUUCCCUCCUCAACAUCAGUCUCGUGAGACGUCUCCAUUCUCCACGUAUGAAUUUCUAAAGAGACUGCGGUACAAAACAGAAGACAUGCAUGUAAAGACUUGCACUUGUCUUCAUUGUUGUUGAACCCUCAUCAACACACAGCGUGUUCGAAAUCCACGCAAUCAAAAGUUAUGUAGAAAAUCUCAACCUGAAACCGAAUUAGACACGGCAGAAAAGGAGGCGCACCGAGUGUGACUAAAAGCCCAUUUGGCAACACCUCAGCACAUCAUCGCAACCCCUGGGAUGCAUUUAAGAGUAUCUACGAUGCACCACUCACCUUCACUGUUUAGUGAAGUCAAUUUAUUUAAAGAUGCUGGUGGGAAAGUAUUAGGGUAUUUCUGUGUCACUGUUAAUGAAGAAAUAACAUCCAGAGGCCUGUGCACAGAGUCGAAAUUACAU